ACCAUGCGCUGAUCAUAGAAACGAGCGAGUAUCAUUGUCGGCUGGAAAUGGUACGACGCCACCGUCAAUGGCAUGACGCAUUUGUCCCUCCACCGGGCUUGACAAAUUCAUUCUUUUUGAAAAUUCCCAUAAAAAUGGCCCCUAGCCUUGCACAAAAAAAACUUCAAAACUUUCAGCUUCCCAGUUCCCACCACUAAUACUAGUAAUCCGUUGUAUAUUUUCCGAUAAGUUCCUCAGACCUAGAAUCUUCACGUUUCCCGAUAUUGAGCAUUGUGAAGAAGAAAACAAGAAAAAUUAGGGUUUCCAAUUUUCUUUGAAGGCAAAUUAGGGUUUUCAAUUGAGUGAAAGGAUGAGAGAGUUGCGCAGUGGAGUUCGAAGAGGUCGUUCAGCAACAAAAGCAGCAAUAGAAGAAGUAGAGAGAAGUCUAGCUGAUCAAGGUAGUGCAACGGUGAUUCGGAGAACGAGGUCAUCGAUUAAGAAUAACAAACAAAAACCCGAAGUAGAGCAGCCACAACACGAUGUUCGUAAAUCAGUUCAAUUUACACUACGGAUGGUGUUGGAUGAAGAAAAAGAUUCUGGGCUAGAAACUAAGGGUUUUGAUGAAAUUCGUGAGAAUGUUGUUGAGAUUGAGGAUUAUCAUGAUGCUGAAGAAAAUAUGGAAACAUGCAAUGCUCCUGCAGCUGAAGAACUGGAGGAGGAGGAGGAAGCAAAUAGGACUCCUACUCCCUAUGAGGAACCCACCCUUCUUCGCACCCGGCUUGAACUUCAUGCACGGUCGGCUGUUGCUCAAAUUGCUCUUACUGCCAAGAAACGGUAUUUGGAGAAGGGACUGCGGAGGCAAACAAGACUGCUUCACGAAUCAUCAAGUAGCUAUGAGAUGGAUGGCGAAACACGGGAAGGAUCUGUUCCUCUUGCUGCUCCAGAGUGUGAAGUUACAGACCACAACUGUGAGAUGUACGAUCACAAACACAAAGGAUCAGUUCCUAUUGAUAUUCCAGAAUGUGAAACUGCGAAGGAUGUUGUGGUUGAUAGCAACAACAGUAAACAGAAGAAGAAAGAUAAGGUGGCUCCUACUUCCAAGGAGGCACCUGUGGGUAUAGCAGAGGAUGAGAUGCAUAGGACAACAAGAUUAUUAGGCAAAAGAAAAGCCUCGGGAACCAUCGCCGAGCAACCCAACAUGGAAGAUCACCUUAUAGAAGCACCUGAAGAAUUUGAAUUAAGAGGCGCUGAAAAGCUUGUAAGUCAACGCACCUUCUUUCAGAAGCCUAAACGUCUAGGUCUAGCCCUUAAAAUUGCUGAUAAAUUGCAAGAGCAACGAAUGCUGAUGGAGAACAAGCGGCAAGAAGAGAGAAUGUCCUGCUUACGGGUGGAAGAUCAACUCUUGAAUCCUCAGAACAAGGUCUCACGGCUAGAGGAGACUCUGGCCAACAUCAUGCAAAGCAAGCCUAAACGUCAAGCCCUUAAAAUUGCUGAUAAAUUGCAUGAGCAACGUCAAGCCCUUAAAAUUGCUGAUAAAUUGCACGAGCAACAAAAGCUGAUUGAGAACAAGUGGCAAGAAGAGAGAUUGUCCCGUUUACGAAUGGAAGAUCAACUCUUGAAUACUCAGAACACGGUCUCACGGUUAGAGCAUAUGCUGGCCAACUUCAUGCAAAACGGGAAGGCACCAACAUCGAUUUCUAACAAACACCCCUCAAAAAACUGUGGAAACUCGAGAAAGGAUCUUGCGUCGGUGUCCACCAUGCUCCCCACUAACAAUAACGAAAAUUUGGGGGUUGAGCCCGCAUCAACAUCAACUCUGGUCCCAGUAUACAACAAUGGGAAUUUGGGAAAAAGGGUUACAUCGGCUUCCAAUAGAGUCCCCAAAAACAACAUAGAAUACUCGGGGAAAGGACCUGCAUUGACUUCCUCUAGGGUUCCCAUAAGCAACAAGGAAAAAUUGGGGAAAGGGCCUGCAUCGACUUCUACCAGGGUCCACCUAAAGAAGAAUGAAAGUUUGGGAAACUUUCCUGCGUCAUUUUCUGAUAGAGACAAUUCAAACAACUACGAACCCUCGACAUCAGGCAGAUCUCAGUCUAUGAUUUGGAGAAAUGAUGAGGAAAACUUGCCUGUUGUUCAAGUAAAUCCAUCAAGGCAUGUCGCCAGAUCUGUGAAGGAUUCGAAUGUCUCACGCUUCCAGAGGUUCUAUAAUAGCGCGUCUCAAAGAUUGACCGGCAGCAUUCCUUUCAUAUCAGUACCAGUAGAUGCCGCGGUCUUUGGUACAGAAAUGGAACUUUAUCUUGAACUGGAUGAUGUUAGAUAUAUGUGCCAUAUGGAAGAUUUGUCUGAGAAUUGCGUCGUGGCAUACAUUAGGAACCUCUACGAUAUAUUAGCGGAGAGAGGGAUACAACACAAAUAUGAAUUUAUAAACCCGGCAUCAGUAAAAGCUGCAAAAGAUGCUGAUUUGUCAAAAAUAAUAACUUCAAGGUUGAUGAAUACAACUUGCGAAUGGGUUUUCAUUCCCGUAAAUCCAGAGGGGGCACAUUGGCUUCUUGUCGCAAUAAAUAUGGUGGCUAUGAGUUGCUAUUGGCUGGACCCAUCGGGUCUCCCAGCUCGAUUCAACAUCAAACCCUUCGUCACUUUUGGUCUGAAAGGCUUGCAAAAAGAUGGAGUGAAGAGGUCAUCACCAAUUUGGUAUAAUGUCAAGUGUCCAAAACAGAAACAUAGCAUGGAAUCUGGGUUUUACAUAAUGAAGUUUAUGAGGGAGAUAAUUGAUGAGCCAAACAUGUUUACAAAGAGUGAGCCUUUCUCUAAAUCUACGUAUGAGCAGGAUGAAAUCGAUGAAGUGAGACUUGAGUGGAUUCAAACCAUAGAGGCGUAUCUUUAGUUACAAAGUCAGGGUUUUGAAGAUCUGCAGUUCAGUUCGUCUUCAAUUAGAGAAAACAAAAAAAUUGUUCAUUUUCUUUGUCCACCAAUGUCAGAACUGGGUGAACAAAACCACAUUUAAGAGAUAAACUUGAUUUGCUCUCACAUUAGUGCAGAGAUAUUGAACUUAUACCCAUGGAAUUUGAGAAGCUGACUCCAUGAUUCAGCCAUGCAGUGAAAAUGUAACUUCAGCAGGCAA